AUGGAACUGCCUACCUACAUCAGUGGCGUUUCAGGUCCAACUACGACCUUAGAGUACAAAGCUCUAAACAUCCCAAUCUUCUUUGAUAACAAGCAAUUUUUUAUUCCAAAAAUCACUUGUUUUCCCAAUAUGCAUGGUGAUUUCAUUAUUGGCACAAACUUUCUUCAUAAGUAUUUGCCUUUCAUCUUGCAAUCCUCCUCUAUUCAGCUUAGACAUCCAACUGGUGAUGUUACUCUUCCUCUUAUGACUUCACACAAAUCUUUAUGUGAUUCAGCUUUCACUCCUGAACGGAUUACUCCAACUGUAAUCUGGCCAAUCCCUAUCAAAACCGCCAUAACCCAUUGGCUCCUUGACCUUUUGGCUCCUAAUUUCAGUGAAGACCCUCUUCUUUGGUGGGAUAAAAGCCCUCGAUGGUGUAAUGUCCAACUCGAUGCUCCCAAUAAGAUCAUCAAAGUCAAACCAAUCCUCUACCUCAAAGCCGAUAUAGAAGAAUUUGACAAACAGAUUCCCGAACUAUUGGCACUCCGACUUAUUGAACCCUCAACAAGUCCUCACUCCUGCCCUGCUUUUAUGGUACGCAAUCAUGCGGAAAUAAAAUGUGGCAAAGCUCGUAUGGUUAUAAACUACAAACAUUUAAACCAAAACAUUCUUUUUGACGGAUACUUCAUCCCUCGAAAGGAUAUUCUUAUCCACCAUGCCAAACAGGCCUCGAUUUAUAGUAAAUUUGACUUAAAAUCUGGCUUCUGGCAACUCAAGCUUACUGAGGAAUCCAAACCUCUCACAGCUUUCUCCACUCCUUUUAAUCGCCAUUACCAAUGGACGAUUAUGCCCUUCGGACUUUGUACUGCCCUGUAA